CCUGCCCUCUGCGCUCGGGCCACUUUCCCGAGGAGACUACCGCUCCCAGAGUGCUCCGCGGGCCGGGAGGGCGCGGGGGCGGGGUCGCACAAUACCCGGAUUGAGGCAACAUGGCGAUCUCCUGGAAUAAAAAUUGAUGUGCCUAGAAGUAGAUUUGAAAGGUGGUUGUUCUUUAGAACAUCUUUCAUCAUAUCGUCUGAUCAUCUUAAAACACCAUGGCAUCGAUAGCAUUCAAAUGGGUGAUGUCAAAGAGAAUUCUCUGGAAGCAUUUAUUUCCAGUUCAAAACAGUGCUUUAUCUGGUGUUUGUCAUAAAUCCACAUUUUCUUCUCUUCCAGAUGACUAUAAUUGCAAAGUAGAGCUUGCUUUGACAUCUGAUGGCAGGACAAUAGUAUGCUACCAUCCUUCUGUGGAUAUCCCAUAUGAACAUACACAACCUAUUCCUCAACCAGAUCCUUUGCACAAUAAUGAAGAAACACAUGAUCAAGUGCUAAAAACCAGAUUAGAAGAAAAAGAUGAACACCUUGAGGAAGGACCCAUGAUAGAAAAACUUAGUAAAAUGUUCUUUACUACUAAGCAUCGUUGGUAUCCUCAUGGACAGUAUCAUAGACGUCGUAAGAAUCCGAAUCCUCCAAAAGACAGAUGAUAUUGAGACUCCUGGGAGAAUCAAAGAAAAAUGUUAUCUGGUGUCUCAUUUGCCAUUUGAGAAAAUGCAAUCUGGUGUAUUCACUAAUAUGUUAUUUAGUAAUAUAAUAAUAAAAUGUCCUUUCAUAUAUUAGAAUAUGUAUUUAUUAAUCCUGGACUUUACAUUUUUAUUUAGAGAAAUGAUUUCAUUUAUUUUCCUUUUGAGAUAUUAAAGGCUACCACUUAUUUUUAUGUGUCUAGUAUGAGUAUUUUUACAUCAUCAUGCAAAAAAAACAUUUAUUAUUAGUGUAAAUAUGGUUAAUAAAAUAUGCAUGCUGCUUCUGAAGAAAUUUUUCAAAUUUAUUUUCAUUGGUGCAUUAGUUUUACCUAAUAGUGGGAAUCAUUAUGCUGUAUUUGUACAUACACAUAACAUAAUUUGAUCACUUUCAUUUCAGUGUACCUUCUUUUUUCUCCCUACCCCAUCUGCUUGCUCUACCCAAUUUAAUUGGUACAUUGUAAUUAUAUAGAAAAGCUGUAGUCACUGCGGUUAUAUUUGUACCCGGACAUAGCAUAAUUUGGUACAUUUUGCUCACCAGUACUUCCCCGUGUCCUCGCUCUUCCCUCCGUCUUGUUUUCAAAUUGCCUUUGAGAAUAAACUUACGAAGACAAUACAGAAAAUAGAUGUUGCAGUGUUUCCAUUGGCUUUAGGAAAUAAUUAACUUAGUUAUAUUUUAAUCAGUUUUUACUGUCUGCUAGACUCUUUGCAAAUUUUAUUACAUUCUCACAAUAAUUCUCUUAAGAGGGAGCAUCAAGGCUGGGUUGUAGCUCAGUGGUGGAGUGCACAUAUGAGGCACUGGGUUCUAUCCUCAGCACCACAUAAAAAUAAUAUAAAUAAAAUAAAAGUUUUAUGUCCAUUGCCAACUAAAAAUAGUCGAGGCGGGGGUGGGGAGGUUGGAAAGGAGCAUCAUCAUCAUUAUAUAGAUAAGGUUGAGAGUCCUGAACUCUACCUAGCAUACUGGGGAGCCAGGAUCUGAACUGCCAGGCUCCAAAACCUUCAGUACAUUGUAAUGACAAAUGGGUUGAUCUCCUUCACCCAAGAAUGUACUUUCAUAGAGAUUUCUGUAGAAAGAAUGUUAUAUAAUUGGUUUUGAUUUUUUUUUUUCUUUUUCGGUCUUAAAAAUUACACCAGCACUGGGUACGGUGGUGCACACCUGCAAUCAACCCAAUGAUUUAGAAGGCUGAGCAGGAGGAUCACAAGUUUGAGGCCAGCCUGAGUAAUUUAGUGAGAUCCUUUUUCAAAAUGGAAAGGGCUGGACUGGGGAGUCAGCUCCAUGGUAGAGUGCUUGCCUAGCAUGCAUGAGGCCCUGGGUUUGAUCCCCAGCACUACAGAAUUAAAUAAAAUGUGAAAUAACAAAAACAAAAAAACGCUAUGGUUGUGUCUCAAAGGUAAAAUAUCCUUGGGUUCAAUCCCAAAUACUGGAAAAAAAAAAAAAGCUAAUUUCAAGAACACA